UUAAGGGGCUGGCAGGGGAUUACGUAGCCGCUGCGGCUCCCAGCACGGAGCUCCCUCCCCGUGCGGCUGCUCCUCAGGGCGCAGAGACGCACCGCACCUGUGGGUGCCCGCCGACGAGGGUCCCUGGUGGGUUUUUGGCCGCCCACCCUGCACUGGAGACCCCUGACAGCACCCAGCAGCAGGACCGACGUUCCCGGGGCGGAGGCGGCCAGGGUCACCCCGGGGCUCGGCCCCGCAGCGGCAGGGCACCCAGCCCGGCAGCAUGGCAGGGGCUGUGUGGGACCCCCCAAGGGGCAGCAGGAAGAGCAGGGAACCCCCGCAUCCCACCGGCCGGUGCCCUUGCUGAUGGUUGGCAUGUGGAGGAUGGGGCCCUGGGCUGUCCCGUGGAUGAUGCUCUGGCUCUUCUGCCUCCCGCCCUCUGCCAGGGCCCAGACGAAGAUCCCGCUGGAGACGGUGAAGUCUUGGGCAGAUGCCUUCGGUGGGGAGCUGUACUCCAUUGUGACUAAGUAUUCAGGCUCUCUCCUCUUGCAGAAGAAGUACAAAGAUGUGGAGCCAACUCUGAAGAUCAAAGAGGUGGAUGGCUUGGAGCUGGUGAAGAAGUUCUCGGAGCAGAUGGAAAGCAUGCUCCGCAGGAAGGUUGAAGCCGUUGAGAGGUUGGUGGAAGCAGCAGAAGACGCAGAUCUGAACCACGAGUACAACUCCUCACUGGAGUUUGAUUACUACAACUCUCUCCUGAUUAAUGAGAAGGAUGAAAAUGACAAUUAUGUGGAGCUUGGAGAUGAAUUCAUUUUGGAGCCAAAUGAGCAUUUCAAUAACUUGCUGGUGAACACAACAUACAGUGAUAUCCAGCUCCCCACCAAUGUCUACAACAAAGACCCUGACAUCCUGAAUGGCGUUUACAUGUCAGAAGCCUUGAAUCCUAUUUUUGUGGACAACUUUGAAAGGGAUCCCACGCUGACCUGGCAGUAUUUUGGCAGCUCCACUGGAUUCUUCAGGCUCUACCCAGGAAUAAAGUGGUUACCAGAUGAGAAUGGAGUAAUUUCCUUCGACUGCAGGAAUCGUGGCUGGUACAUCCAAGCGGCCACCUCUCCCAAGGACAUUGUCAUCGUUGUGGACGUCAGUGGGAGCAUGAAGGGCCUGCGGAUGACCAUUGCCAAACACACCAUCGUCACCAUUUUAGAUACUCUGGGAGAAAAUGACUUUGUCAACAUCAUUGCUUACAAUGAUUAUGUUCAUUUUAUUGAACCCUGUUUUAAGGGCAUCUUGGUCCAAGCAGACAGAGAUAACAGAGAGCACUUCAAGCAGCUAGUGGAUGAACUGCAGGCAAAAGGAGUGGGCACUGUGAACAAGGCUUUGACAGAGUCCUUCAAAAUCCUGAGGGAGUUCAGAGAUGCCGGUCAAGGAGGCUUGUGUAACCAAGCUAUCAUGCUGAUCACAGACGGAGCAGUGGAGGAUUAUGAAGCUGUAUUUGAAAAAUACAACUGGCCAGAUCGGAAGGUCCGGGUUUUCACUUACCUCAUUGGACGGGAGGUCACUUUUGCCCCCAGUGUGAAAUGGAUCGCCUGCAACAACAAAGGCUACUACACUCAGAUCUCCACACUAGCGGAUGUCCAGGAGAAUGUAAUGGAGUACCUGCAUGUGCUCAGCCGUCCCAUGGUCAUCAACCACGACCAUGACAUUAUUUGGACUGAAGCCUACAUGGACAGUGCGCUCUUUGCAUCUCAGGCUCAAAGUCUGUUGCUCAUGACAACAGUGGCUAUGCCAGUCUUCAGCAAAAAGAACGAGACGCGAUCUCAUGGCAUUCUCCUGGGUGUGGUGGGCUCUGAUGUACCACUGAGGGAGCUGUUAAAACUUGCUCCACGGUAUAAGCUGGGUGUCCACGGAUACGCCUUUCUGAACACCAACAAUGGCUACAUCCUUUCACACCCAGACCUCCGUCCUUUGUAUAAAGAAGGAAAGAAACUGAAGCCUAAGCCAAACUACAACAGCGUAGAUCUCUCAGAAGUGGAAUGGGAAGACCAGGAUGAAAUUCUGAGAACUGCCAUGAUCAAUGGAGAAACGGGCUACCUCUCUAUGGGUGUGAAGGUCCCUGUGGAUAAAGGGAAACGAGUUCUCUUCCUCACCAAUGAUUAUUUCUUCACGGAUAUCAGUGGCACACCCUUCAGCCUGGGUGUUGUGCUGUCCAGGGGCCAUGGGGAGUACAUUCUGUUGGGAAACACUUCAGUGGAAGAAGGUUUGCAUGACUUGCUCCAGCCAGACUUGUCUUUAGCAAAUGAAUGGAUUUACUGCAUCACCGACAUUGAUCCUGACCAUCGGAAGCUCAGCCAGCUGGAGGCUGUGAUCCGUUUCCUCACCGGAGAGGAACCUGACCUAGAAUGUGAUGAGGAGUUGGUCCAGGAAGUGCUGUUUGAUGCAGUGGUCACUGCACCCAUGGAGGCCUACUGGACAACACUAGCCCUCAAUAUGACCAUGGAGACUGAGGUGGGUGUCGAGAUGGCAUUUCUGGGCACUCGGGCUGGACUCAUGAGGAGUGCCCUAUACGUGGGUUCUGAAAAAAUUUCCAACAGGAAAUUCCUGACACAGAAGGACAAGGAAAGUAUCUUCACCAUGGACCACUUCCCUCUGUGGUACCGCCGGGCAGCCGAGCAUCCCCCGGGGAGCUUCAUCUACAGCAUUGUCUCAGAAGACGAUUCAGAGGGAGGUGGCCUGCCAAAAGUGGUGACAGUGAGCACGGCUGUGGCUGUAUCUGUGGAUGGGAAGAUGGGUAUUGCUGCAGCGGUGGGUGUGCAAAUUAAGCUGGAGUUGCUCCAACGCAAGUUUUGGAUGGCCAUGCAACAGCCCAAUGACAGUGAUUGCAGUGCCUUGGACGGUGCCUGUCCGCUAAGCUGUCAGGAUGAUAUUCUGAAUUGCUUCCUCGUUGAUAACAACGGCUUUAUACUCGUUUCCAAAAGACCUGCAGAGACUGGAAAAUUUUUUGGUGCAGUGGAUGGCUCAGUAAUGACCCAGCUGCUAAACAUGGGCAUGUUCAGGCGGGUGACCAUGUAUGAUUAUCAAGCAAUGUGUAAAGUACCCUACCACCACCACAGCGGUGCCCGGCCUCUGCUCAGCCCAAUUUAUGCCUUUCUAGCUGCAGUGAAAUGGCUGAUAAGUGAUUUCCUCAUCUUCCUUUUGGAGUUUAACAUGAGUAGCUUCUGGCACUCAGACAACUUGGCAGAUGCCAAGGCUGUCUUCCAUCACUCUCACAAGCACAAGAAGCACGACAUCUUGCAGCCCUGCGACACGGAGUACCCUGUUUUUGUGUACGAGCCGGCCAUCAAGGAGACCAAUGGGCUGAUCGAGUGCGGAGAUUGCCAAAAGAUGUUUGUGGCACAGCAGAUUGCCAGCAGUAACCUGCUGCUCCUCAUCACGGAUGCUGCCUGCGACUGCAGUGUCUUCCCACCUGUCCUGCUGGAUGCAAAAGAGGUCAAAUAUAACGCUUCAGUGAAGUGUGAACGGAUGCGGUCCCAGAAGCUGAGGCGGCGGCCAGACACAUGCCAUGCAUUUCACCCUGAGGAAAACGCCCAAGACUGUGGUGGCACUGCCGAGAUCUCCGUCUCGCCGACGCUGCUCUUCCUGCCCCUGGCGCUGCUCCUGCAGUGAUGCUGCCUGCAACGGUGAUGCUGCCCGCAACGCGCCUUAUGCGGCAGAGACCCGGGAGGACGGGGCUGCCACUGGCCGGAGCGAUGGGAGGGGAGGAAAUGGGGAGACAGGCCAUUCUGGGAUGCCCACUGCAACUCCCUGGGGAGAUGAGGUGGUAACGACAUGGCACAGCGCAUCCUGCGUCCUUCAACACAAGGUCCAGCAUGGUGCCGACAGUGGAAGCUGCUCCCUCCUCGAAAGGCUGCGGCAAAAGGGCUGUGCAAGGACCAGCAGGGUCGGCUCCUGGCACAACACCUACUGAGCUGCUCCUCCUGGCCAUCGGCUCACAGCCAGGACAGCCGAGGUCAUUGGCAUGGCUGGCGUUUCACCAUCACCCUGCCUCCCGUGGAGCCGCUUUGGGGUAGUUGGCCCCAGGAGGCAGAGAGCUCGGUGGGGCAGAUCUGGCCUUAGGAGAGCAGGAGGGGCAGGGGACGCUGUCUGCCUGUCCCUCAGUGGGAGCCACCAGGAUUUUGAGCGCCCGAGUCUGAGGCAGCCCAGGCACAGCCCUGCCAGAACAGGGCCCUUAGUGGUUCCCAGCAGGGAGGCAGCAGCUCUUGGUCUUGGGGGUGGUCCUCGACUGGGACCCCAGAGGCAGGACAUGGCGCCUAACCUGAACUGCACUAAUUUAACACGCAACCAGAUGAUGGAAGUAGCACAGCUUGACUAGUUAACAGCAGCUACGCCAGCUCUGCCAAGGAGACCCUUCCUAACACUGCUAGCACAGCAUCCAGAUUCUUGUCUAGAUGGACUUACCUCUGGGAAGGGGUUAUGCGUGACCCACCAAAAGAGGGAGUAUGUUUCCCACUGCCUGCUAGUUUCACUGCAGAGGCAGCUAAGAAAUGGGCACUUUUGCCCUCAGAGCAGCACUGCCCUGCUCAUUGAAGCUGCCCUCAGUUGUCCCAGGGUGAGCAGCCCCCUGCCCUGGACCUGGCGUUCCUGGCUGGUGGGCAUGGGCCGUUUCUCACAGAGCUUUACAGACAAUGGGUGGGGAGCACCCAUUUUUCCUUUUUUUUUUUUUUUGUAUGAACUGCUCCAUACCAUCUCAUUAAAAACAAAUAUAUGGCAUAUUUUAAAUAGAUACUUAAGCUUCAGCAUGUCAUGUUUGGUGCUAAUCGCAGCCCUAAACUACAUCCCAGAAAACCCUCUCCCCACCAAACCUGUGGGGACAGGGUAUGAGUGGAGGGACUGCAAACGCAGCUGUGGUGGCCUGGCCAGCAGGGAUGUGCCAGCAACUCAUGGGGAUGCCAAGAAGUGCUCCUGGUUGCUGCGCCGCUGUUUUUACCGGAGCUACGGGAAGAAGAGCCUUUGGCCAUGCAGCGCGUGCUGUGAACCAGCCACCUACAGCCCACAGCUCUCUGUCACCUCUGAAGCAGGGUGGGGCUCUUGGCACCGGCGCCGGCAGGAUACACGUCAGGGGUAGGGAUGCCACAACCAAUGGCUACAGAUGGAAACAGGGUCUCACCUUGAGCUCUACACCAUCCCCAUCUGUAGCCACCCCCGCACCCAUGGGUACACCAUGGUGGUGGCACCAAGGGAGCAGGCCAGCAGGGCAGAACCUUGCCCUGGCCUCCUCUGCCAGGUGGCCCACUUCGGGAGCCCCCUGCACCUCUCCAGGUGCCCCGAGAGCUGUGCGGCUCAUCACACCAAGCUGUCACCUCCUGCAGCGCAAGCGCCCACACCCUCCUCGCUUGCCGCCUGACAAGCAGCACUGCCCACAACACUGCCCGCCACGUGUGCUGGCCGUGUGGAGCUGCGGGGCUCCUCACCGAGCCCACCAAGCCACCCACUCCCGCAGCCACCACCGCUGGGGUUAGACCCACAUGCAGCUGCUGCAAAGGGCAGUUUUAUGGGAAAGGGCUUUAUCCUCACACCAGCGCUGUCCCCUUCUCCGCACAAGCAGGAGCCCACAAACGCACCCCAUGUGUGCUAGGGUCAGUACGGAUCCGGCUCCUCUUGCCACCAGUGUCACCCAACACUAAGGGGACAGUACCAGUCACAACCAGGUCCUGAUGGGGACAUUUCAGGACAUUACAGCUCCUGCUGUGGCGGGUUUUGCCUCGCUGGAGGUGGUGUUACAGCAAAGAGGAGAGGAACGACUGCGGUAAUGGAAGUAAAUCUGGAGGUGGAGAUGGUUUCCAGGCUUCAGAUGCAGUGACCUUAUCAGAGCUAGAAGCAGCCGAGGAAGAUGAAGGCAGCACGGAGGGAAAAGGGGCUGCUGUCAAGGCCGAGGAGUCAGGAGCCGCUCGCAGACGGAGGAGCCACGGGCUCAGGGCAUCCCCUUCCAGCUGGCACGGCUCCCUGCGCCUGCCCGUGGUGACUGCCCUCCUGGGGCACCAGUCUCAAGGGUGACCUCCCUGUCAGAAAGGAUUAGCAGUCCCAUCUCCACUCAGCUUAAAAAAAGAUACAUAAAUACACAUUGCCCUGCUGCAUAUGAACCAUGUUUGAUUUCAGGUGCAUUAAUCCACAAUAAACAUGGUCCUGUAAAGAGACCUGCACGGA